UUGAUCUCCCAUUUUCAGCAAGAGGAAGCCCCAUGGAUGGCAGAUCCAAAAGGUACAAGAGGCUUCUGUCCAGAGACCAGUUUUGAAAUGAAUGAGAUGUCUACAAAGCCGAGUCUUUUUGUGGAAGCAACUGGCCCCCAAAGAUGCAUGAAUGAGGGUCCCUGUGACUUAAUCUUCAGAGAAAUCUGUGACUCUGAUAUCAAGGUAGAAAAGAAUCCAAACAGUGACUAUGACUUUGAUGAAACUGCCACAAAAUCCAGACAAUAUUCAGUCCUAAAUCAGUAUAAGAAAAUUACUUCAAGGAAUGACUCUUUUCACGAUAGUGAAUAUAGCAAGUACUUUCCUGAAGAAGUAGAACUUCUCCAGGCCCAUGAGAAACCUCCUGAAAUGCACAUGUAUCAAGGCAAUCUAGAGGAAGUGACCUUCAGCUGGAAUUCACACCUCCUUAGACAUCCCCAAAGUAAUACUGGAGAGGUGCUUUCUGUAAGUAACAAAGGUGAGAAGGUCUUCAGUCAGAACUCUGAGCUUGCUAGCAACCAGAGAAUCCACAAUGCAGAGAGACCUUAUGAAUGUAAACAAUGUGGAAAAGCUUUUACAGUGAGAGGCCAUCUUGCUGCACAUCAAAGAAUCCACACUGGAGAGAAACCUUUUCAAUGCAAUCAGUGUGGAAAGACUUUCACACAGAAGGGCAGUCUUACCAAACAUCAGAGACUCCACACUGGAGAGAAACGUUAUGAAUGUACACACUGUGGAAAGGCUUUCACAAGGAAGGACAGUCUUGUUUCCCAUCAGAGAAUCCACACUGGAGAGAAACCUUAUGAAUGUAAACACUGUGGAAUGGCUUUCACACAGAGCUCCAGUCUUGCUGAACAUCAUAGAAUCCAUACUGGAGAGAAACCUUAUGAAUGUAAACACUGUGGAAUGGCUUUCUCACAAAGGGCCCAUCUUGCUGCACAUCAGAGAUUUCACACUGGAGAGAAACAUUAUGAAUGUAAACAAUGUGGAAAGGCUUUUGCACAGAGCUUUUGGUGUUGCUGCACAUCUGAGAAUCCACAAUGGACAGAAACACUAUGAAUUUAAGCAAAGUGGAAAGGCUUUCACGAGGAGGUACUAUCUAACUAAACAUCAGUGUAGCUACAGUGGAGUGAAACUGUGAAUAUAAUGGAAGUAGAAAUGCUUUAAAAAAUAGCUCCACAUUUUCUAAAUGUCAAAUAUUUCUAACUGGAGAGAAACCUCAGGGUCUUAAUUGAGGCUGUGGUUUUAGUUGCCAUUCUUAGCUUAUUUAACAAAAGAGAAUCCAUACUGGAGAGAAACUUUAGGAAUAUGUUUAUUGUGGCAAAACCUUCAGACAACCAUCAUGAGUUACUCUUAACCAAAGAAUUCCUACUGGAUAGAAAUCUUAUCACUGUUGUGAAUAAGAAAAGUCAUUCAAAUGGAGUUCAGAUCGGUUCAGUAUCAGAAAAUGCCUCUGAGGACUUUCACAUAUGGAGUCCAUGUGAUGGCUUCAGCUACAGUUCAUCUCUUACUUUUUAUUAAAGGAUUCCUAGAGCAGAGAAACUUAAUAAAUGUGCUCAAGGGCAAUGUUUGUUU